GGCUGGAGCGGGGAAGAUCCAGCUGGUGGGAGCCGAUCGGCCGGCGGGGUUUGGAUGGUCCUGGCGGGAUGCCCACCCCCCGGCCGGCGGGGCCCGGCUCACCGCCCCGGCCCGGGGCUCCCUUGCAGAACGUGUUGGCCAAGGCGCUGUACGACAACGUGGCCGAGUCCCCGGACGAGCUCUCCUUCCGCAAGGGCGACAUCAUGACGGUGCUGGAGCGCAACACCCAAGGACUGGACGGCUGGUGGCUCUGCUCGCUCCAUGGCCGGCAGGGCAUUGUCCCCGGGAAUCGCCUCAAGAUCCUGGUGGGGAUGUACGACAAAAAACAGCAGCAGCAGCAGCAACAGCAGCAGCAGCAGCAGACGCCCGGGCCGGUGCAGGGGCAGGCUGUGCCGCAGCCGCCGGUGCCCCAGCCGGCUUUGCCUUACCACCACCCCGGGGGCUACACCCCGCUGUCCCCUGCCUCGCAGUACACACCCAUGCACCCUUCUUAUGGCCCCCAAGGGGACAACAUCUACCUGAUGCCGGUUCCCAGCAAGGCACAGCAGGGUCUCUACCCGGGCUCAGCCCCGACCGGACAGUUUCCUCCUGCCCCAGCUAAGCAGCUGCCUGCCUACCCGAAGCAGACGCUUCCCCACGCCUCCUCCAGCCCUGGCCAGGACAUCUAUCAGGUGCCCCCCUCCAUGGGUCAAGCGGCUGAGGCAUACCCUGGGGGCUCUGCUACCCCACCACAGGACGUCUACCAGGUUCCUCCUUCGGCCAGUCAAGCUCAAGACAUCUACCAGGUGCCCCCGUCCUUGGACAUGAGGAGCCGGGAAGGGCACAAGCCCCAGGGAAAGGUUCUGGUGCCCACCCGCAUGGGACAGAUGUACGUCUACGACUCCCCCAAGGGCGAGCAGGAUGAGUACGAUUUCCCUCGCCACCUCCUCCCUGCUGGCUCACAGGAGAUUUAUGAUGUGCCACCAGUCCGAGGAGGGGUCCCAAGCCAGUUCAGCCAGGAGGUCUAUGAUACCCCUCCCAUGGCAGUGAAGGGUCCUAACGGACAGGACCCAGGGCAGGAGAUCUACGAUGUGCCCCCCAGCGUGGAGAAGAACCUGCACCAAACUGUGUACGACAUCCCCCCCUCAGUGAGCAAGGAUGUGCCCGAUGGUCCGGCACGGGAGGAGACCUACGACGUGCCCCCUGCCUUCUCCAAGCAGAAAGCCUUUGACCCCUCCCGCCACCCUCUCGUCCUGGCCCAGCAGGAGCCCUACUUGCCCGAGGACGUCUACGACGUGCCCCCUGUGGCUGGGAAAGGUGCCUCCGAGCCGCUGCUCUCCCAUGAGAUCUAUGAUGUCCCACCCAGCCUCAAGAAACUGGGGGGGUUGGCCUUUCCCUCCCAGGAGGUGUACGACGUGCCCCGGGACCUGCACGCCCCGGGCAAGGGUUCCCUGGACACGGAGGGCGAGUACAUCUACGAUGUCCCACCGCAAGUGGACCGCGAGACCAAGGGUGCCGACACCAAGCGCCUCUCGGCGUCCAGCACGGGCAGCACCCGCAGCAACAUCUCCACCUCCUCGCUGGAUGUGGUGCCUGUGAAGGAGCAGGCCAAGGGAGCCGGCAAGGAGUUCUCCUUGGACUUGGAUGCCGCCAUGGAGACGCUGGCCAAGCUCCAGCACAGCAUCAGUGGUGCUGUCUCCUACCUCAUGUCCUUCAUCGGCGCCAACUGGCGCAGCCCCGAGCACAUGGAGGCCAACGCCACCAACAUCCGUGGCGCAGCCGAGGGGGUCCAGGUGGCCCUUCGGGACCUGCUGGAGUUUGCCCGGGGGGCAGUGGGCAACGCUGCCCAGGCCUCUGACCGCUCCCUCUACACCAAGCUCAGCAAGCAGCUGCAGAAGAUGGAGGAGGUCUACCAAGCCCUGGCACGGCACGGCCAGGCGCUGGAUGCUUGUCACUGGGCCCCAAGCGCCCUGGCCAGCAGCAAGCCAGGCACGGAUGACUUGGAGAACUUUGUCAUGCACUCGCGUGGCAUCCCCGAUGACACCAAGCAGUUGGCCUCCUUCCUGCAUGGCAACGCCUCCCUCCUCUUCAAACGGACAAAGCCGGUGGGGGAGAGCAGUAGCCAUGGUCCCCCUCACCCCUCUGACAAGGCCAGCAGCAUCCAGUCACGGCCCCUGCCCUCCCCACCCAAGUUGCUGGCCCAGGAGUCGCCCGACGCACCCUACGAGAACAACGAGAGUGGCUGGAUGGAGGAUUAUGACUAUGUCCAUCUCCAGGGAAAGGAGGAGUUUGAGAAGACACAGAAGGAGCUGCUGGAGAAAGGCAACAUCAUCCGGCAGGGCAAGGACCAGCUGGAACACCAGCAGCUGAAGCAGUUUGAGCGUCUGGAGCAGGAGGUGACACGUCCCAUUGACAAUGACCUCUCCAACUGGAGCCCCCCCCAGCACUACAGCCCAGCCCGGGCUGGUGGGGCCUUGUGUCCCGCCGACCGCCAGCUCCUCCUCUUCUACCUGGAGCAGUGUGAGGCCAACCUCACCACCCUCACCAACGCCGUCGACGCCUUCUUCACCGCUGUCAGCACCAACCAACCCCCCAAGAUCUUUGUGGCCCACAGCAAGUUUGUCAUCCUCAGUGCCCACAAGCUCGUCUUCAUCGGGGACACGCUGUCCCGCCAGGCCAAGGCCCAGGACGUCCAGCACAAGGUCAUGCACUACAGCAACCUUCUCUGUGAGAUGCUCAAGGAGAUCGUGGUGACCACCAAGGCAGCCGCCCUCCACUACCCUUCCCCCACUGCCUCCAAGGACAUGAUGGAACGAGUCAAGGACCUCGCCAACAGCACGCAGCAGUUCAGGAUGGUGCUGGGCCAGCUGGCGGCUAUGUGAUGGCCCCAGGGGCUGCUGUCCCCUCCCCACGGCCCCCACUCUGUCCCCAGACAUAACAUCCCUACCCGUGACAGGUCCUCUCUGCCCGGUGUAAGCGGACAUGUACAUAGAGACUCCCACGCUUGCCAGGGUCCUGGGGCUCUGCUGGUAGAGGGGUGAGGGGCUGCAGCCAUCAUAUCCUUUCCUCUUCUUCCUCCCUCCAGCAAGAGGAUUGGUUUCAGAGCCAUGGCCAUGAUUAAGCAAAGCUGGGAGGUGGAUUCGUGCCCACUCCCUUCCUGCUGUCCUCCCUCUGUACCAGAGGCCAUGGGGCCCUGUCCCUGUUGAAUCAAAAUGGAUACAUCUCUCAAGUUCGGGUGAUGCUGUGGCUGUUCCCCUCUUGGGCUGGGCUCCUGAGCCACCUCAAGGGGCCAGGGGAUUGUAAUAGAGUGAAAGCCACCCCUUGCAGUGGGUCAGGAAAGGGUUGUGGCAUCCCUCUGUGUGCUGGAGGCUGUGGAUGUGUCCCCAGGCAGGGCAGGGGUGCUGGGGGCAGGAGGAGCCUGAUCUGUGCUUUCUCAUGUCUCUGGUUUUGCUACUGGACCAGCUGUAACAGAUAUGUGAACUGAAAUUGGUGCCUUUGGAACACGGGGAAAGCUUCCGCUGGUUCCCGGAGCGUUGCAGCCCCCUGAAAUUCAGCCCCUGCUCCCCUACAGCAUAAAGAUUGACCUAGAACCACCC